UAUUUAAUUGACCUGUGGCCUACAUGAGAUAGAAGAGGUUUGAUGAAUUAUCAUCUAGGCGAGGAGGUGUGUGGCAGCUAUCACUUGAGCUGGUGUGGGAACAGAGCUCGUUCUGUUUGAUCAUUUCUCUGGCUUUCUUGUCAAAAGAAACAUCAGAAUUUGAUACUGGAACUCAGCGUGCCUUGGGGUCAAUCCGCAGUAUUUUAGCAGCGUCACGAUGUUCUUUAUUGUUGGUAGCCACCAUCAGUGCUUAAUGCUCCAGUGGGGAGUACUGUAUGAAAUCAUUUAUUUAACAUGUAAAUCGUCAGCCUUUGCUGCACUUGAAACAUGAAGCGUGCUUGGAGUGCAGAACAGGAGCACGGUUCAAAUGACCAAGCAGAUGUUCUCUGUGAUGCUCCCAGCUCUAAAUGUGCUUAACUCACAACCCUAAAACACAUUUUUCAACCUGUCAGCGCUGCAGCUCGAGCUGGCAUCUGAAAAUACCUGCUCUUCCUGCCUCUUACAGCAACAGCAAAGCUCCUGCAGCCCAGAGCAGGCUGACAGCUGCACGUACCAGGAGAAAGGAGUCACCAGGCUCGUGCUCGAUAGCCAUGUUGUUUCUGCAAUGCUGAAAGCAGGAGGGAAAAAAGAGGGGAAAAAGGCUGGUCAUCAAGUAAACAAAGAGAUUUGCUUCGGCGGAUCCCAUGUGUUAUGAAUGAAAGUAUUCUUUCUACUUUUGCCCUUCUCGAUUAAGCCUUCUUUAUUUCAACUGCCAGGUGCAGCAAUGAAUAUUAAAAGACUCGUAAAAAACCCAGAAGCAGAAGCAGCAGAUGAUAUUGUUUUAAUAAUUUACUGAAAGUGAGAAGUCACUGGAUAAAAAUACUCACUUUAGCCUCGUGUGCCUGCAGAGACCGAGGGACUCGCGUGCAGUGCUCUGCAGGCAAGCACAGACAGAGCCACUGGCUUUGCUAAACCCUGCUCCUUAACCUCAUCUGAAACCGUUUUGCAACUUUCCUUCUGAAACCUAGUAAUGUGCAGCUGGAAAUGGGGAAAGAGCAGCGUUAUUAGGUCAUCUUUUUUCCCAAUAAGGAAAGGAUACUGCACUCAAGGGAAGCUAUUUAGUUUGGCAGCUUAAAAAACGCGCUGUUCUCACUUCGAGAGCAAUUUGGUGGAUUUCAGGGGGGUUGUGGAGGUUUAGCACGCAGGGGAAGUGCCCUGUUGUGUGGCAAGGUUCUUGGUCACUUAAAGUGAUCCAUACUGGCACGGCAGCUGUGCGUCAGCGGACACAUAUCAAAUGCCUUUUCUGUACAAAAGACAAAAAUUCUGCUAAAAUUGACCACAAUUUAGAGCUGACUGUAGCUAAUAAAUCAUCACAAGAGCGAUGCUGCAUUUGAACAUAGGACUAAAAUAGGGCAGAGAAGCCAUAAUGAGCUGUUUUGGGUUUGUUUUUCUAAAUACCAUAGAAAAAUUAUUUUGGGAGCAAGAAUUUCCUUAUUUUUGAAACAUUCUAUUAUUUCCUCUACAAUGAGAGCAAUUACAAAUCCCUGGCAGUUUCACCUCCAAGAGCAGGCUGUUAGUCUCGGGGAAUUCAAAUAAUACUUUACAUACUUUUCUGGAAAAUAAGACGGAUUACUGCCUACAGCCAUAUGAUAAGUCUUUCCAUCCGCUCUUGUUUCUCAAGGCUUGUCCUCGGGCAUUUCGGAGAGUGCCGAAGGGGGGUUGUUAGCUCUGUAGUCAAGGAAUCCAUGUGACUCUAGGAAAGACUUAUGAUGAGGUUAGUGUUAAAGAAAUAGCAAUGCAUUCUCCUCUUUAGAGGCUUCACAUGGAGACCUUUGCAAACCUGCGCAUGCUCAGCCUCUUCCUGGGAGCUGCUGGAGAGGGUUACACGUUGCUGGUGGGGACACUGAGUUUUGGACCACGGAUCUCUGUGGCAAGAUUGGGCCCACUGAACUUGAAACCUGGGAAGUUUCUGGGCUCUCUGCUUGUUGGGUCUCUAAAGGGAUCUUGGCUCUGUCCCCAGUAAUGACCAGACUGCUUUCUUUCCCUGCAGGAGUGCGAGACCUUCGAGAAGUGCUGCCCCAAUGUCUGUGGGACGAAGAGCUGCGUGGCGGCUCGGUACAUGGAUGUCAAGGGGAAGAAAGGGCCGGUGGGAAUGCCCAAAGAGGCAACCUGCGACCGCUUCAUGUGCAUCCAGCAAGGCUCAGAGUGUGACAUCUGGGACGGGCAGCCCGUCUGCAAGUGCAAGGACAGGUGUGAGAAGGAGCCAAGCUUCACCUGUGCCUCUGACGGGCUCACCUACUACAACAAGUGCUACAUGGAUGCAGAAGCUUGUAUCAAAGGCAUUACUUUGAAUGUAGUCACCUGUCGAUAUCAUCUUACCUGGCCAAACACCAGCCCGAUCCCACCAGAAACAACAGCUCGCCCCACUACAGCCUAUUCCGAGACAACCAUCAUCGAUAUCUUGCCACCGGCAUUAGUGAACAACCCCGUCCAUCAGUCAGUCUACGUAGGAGAGACUGUCAGCUUCCUCUGCGACGUUACAGGGAGACCCAAGCCAGAAAUUACAUGGGAGAAGCAGGUUGAGGGGAAAGAAAAAGUCAUUAUGAAGCCAAAUCAUGUCAGAGGGAACGUUGUGGUCACUAACAUAGCCCAGCUGGUCAUCUACAACACCCAGCUUCAAGACGCGGGUAUCUACACCUGCACCGCCAAAAACAGCGGUGGCCUUCUCAGGGCUGAUUUCCCAUUGUCAGUCAUCAAAGGAGAACCCACAUCCAAAGAGGCUUCCCAGAACAGAACACACUUUCCAACCGAUGAGUGCCUGAAGCAACCAGACAGUGAAGACUGUGGAGAAGAGCAGACCAGGUGGUAUUAUGAUGCAAAGAAAAACAACUGCUUCACUUUCAUUUAUGGGAACUGUAACAGCAACCUCAACCACUUUGAGACCUAUGAGAACUGUAUGUUAACGUGCAUGAACGGCCCAAUCAACAUUUGCAAUCUACCAGCCCUCCAAGGCCACUGCAAAGCCUACGAGCCCAGGUGGGCCUAUAACAGCUUGACAAAGCAGUGCCAGUCCUUCAUUUAUGGUGGGUGUGGAGGUAAUGAGAACAACUUUGAGAGCCGGGAGGCCUGCGAAGAGAUGUGCCCUUUCCCAAAGAACACGCACUGCAAAGCUUGCAAGCCACGCCAGAAGCUGGUGACAAGCUUCUGCAAAAGCGACUUUGUGAUCCUGGGCCGUAUAACAGAACUGACCGAAGACCAAGACUCAGGACAUGCCCUGGUGACAGUGGAGGAGAUUCUCAAAGAUGAAAAAAUGGGAUUAAAAUUCCUGGGGAAGGAACCCCUAGAAAUCACGCUUUUCAACAUGGACUGGAGCUGCCCGUGCCCCAACAUGACCACGGUGGACGGCCAGCUCAUCAUCAUGGGAGACGUCCACAACGGCAUGGCUGUCCUGCAGCCAGACAGCUUUGUGGGGACCUCCAGCAUCCGGCGCGUACGGAAACUUCGUGAGGUCAUCCACAAGAAAACCUGUGAGCUCCUGAAAGAGUUCCUAGGAUUACAUUGACCUCCCUCACACGCGUCAGCCUUCCAGACCUGUGUGUUACGUAGGGCUAACAAAUGCUAGGCUAGUGCACAAACUAAACAAGCUGUUUGAAGAUACACCGUAGGAAUUAUGCAGAACCCUUAUUUUAAUCCAUUAAUGAUGCUUAGCAACAAUGUAGUAUGGUCUUUGGCAAGCACGUAAAACAGCAGCAAAAGGCUAUUAAUCUUGCAUUGAAAUAAAUUUGUCCAUAUAGGAAUGCCAUUUAACUAGAUGACUCACUGCAGUAAUUAUACAAUUUUUAUAUAGCUUCCAUCAUAAAUGACGGAAUUCAUAGCAUUUGUGUAGCUAAUUGGUACACAGCUAAGUAAUACAUAAUAUCAACUUAAUCUGUCUCAUUUACAGUAUGGAAAUGUGAUGCUAAGUGGUUAUAAAUAAGUCACAUUCUUGCCUCCUUGUAGCAGCACUAAUAUAUUUCAAGAGAAAAGCCUGUAAAUUAUUGUCUGUAUUUACAGUUGUGCAAAUUUAACCAAUCUAUGCAUUAUCAGCUUGCUUAUUUUAAUUCCUAGCUGUUUCCUUUGCAUUGUACCUCAUUUCUGAAUGGCAACUACUAGCUGUCUAGCAAUCCUUAUUUGAGGAAAUUCCCACAGAGGAACUCCCUAGAUCCUAAACCCAGGACAACAGGUCCAUGUAAAAGGCCAAGGCACAAUCUCACCCCUGAAAUUACUUGUCUGUCAUAACAAUGUCAGCAAACGCUCUUACUCUAUGGCGCUUUCCUAUUUUUGUUUUACUCAGCAUGUUGUCUAUCUCUCACACAAACUCCAGGCAGGGAGAUGGCUCUAUGCUGCCAGCUGUCAUGCUUUUGAAAAUCCUUUACACUUGAUCACGUGCAGCGAUGUAUUGCUUAAUUUCAUCAGAAAGCCUCUUUCUGUAGGGGAGAAAGCAAAAUAAAAGCAGCCAGAAUGAAAUUCAAAAUAGGAAAGUGCCACACACAGUCCGCAGACUGUACUUCGCAUGCACAGACAUGAAGCCAGUGAAGCACAACUGCACACACACACGCAGUGGACACUUGAAAGGCAUUUAUCAACCUGAUCAUUUUAGGGCACACUUUCCAACAAAAACAUUUUGCACAGAACCAUGUGCAUGAAUAAAAACCCUGAGAGACAGCGCGAGCUGUGGUGUGAGCGUGCGUGUACUCAUUGUAACAUUUGGAUGUCUAAAACGUGUAACUUUUGCCUAUGCAAAAAUCCUUAAAUAAAGAAAAGGCUGAUCCUGGAAAAAUUCCUUCGUCUGAUGGGGAAUAUCCCCAUCUGGCAAAGAGGGGAGAGCUGCAUGGUGUGUGUUACCCGUAGCACCUCUUGGUUGGGGUGGGUCACCUCACCCACAGCACCUCCUGGCUGGGUCACUGCACUGCCCAGUGUGCCCCACUGCGGCACUGAGGCCAUCUCGGGGCUGGAGCUGCCCCAACCCCAGCAUGGGGCUCCUGUGAGGAAAUUGGAGAGCAGGGAGGGUGAACUGAGAAGGUGAAGGUGGAGCCCAUCUCCUGUUUUCCUAACAGGUUUUGUGCCCAGCAGCCAUGCUAUGGUCAGGGGCCCCAGGGUGGGCUGUUCUGGUGGCCUGGGCCUGGGUUGCAUUCCAAACACGCCAGCAACAGGAGCAGAUCUAAGUCUCUGCUUCUCCGUACAAUGC